AGAAGGACGCCGAAGAGGAAGGACGUCUUGGAGGCCGCGGAGCAAACCGGAAGUAAGGAAGCAGUUUCUUGGUCCAUAUUCCAAAUCGGAAGUGAAGGCUUUCUUCCCCUUUAAUUCCUCAUACGCUCUUGGUGCUGUUUGUAGUCCUUCUACAUAUUAUGGGUCAUGUCUGAUGUCAGAUGGCGAAUCAGCAGCUGUUUAGAGGACGAACAGAAACUUUUACCUCUGCUAGACUUGUCAACAUGUGAACCUCCUACUCUCUGCGAGCAUUACAAAGGGAUGUGAAACUGUGAACAGAAUGGAUCCAGCUUCCGGGGCCAGAUCUGUUGUGAUCUCUGUGGAGGGAAUGACAUGCAAUUCAUGUGUAGAGACUAUUGAAGCCCACAUCUCAAAACUAAAUGGAGUUCUUAGUAUUAAGGUUUCCCUGAGAGACAAGAGUGCCGCCAUUAUUUAUAACCCCAAAGAACAAGCCCCAGGAGCCUUACGGGAAGCGAUAGAGGACAUGGGGUUUGUCGCUGCGCUUACAGACGCAGACCCGCAACCUGUCUCCGUGGACACUGUGUUUCUCACCAUUCCCGCUCACGCUGCUUUGGCCCUCGACGAAAUCCGCAGCCGCCUCUUGACGACCAAGGGCGUCUUGAACGUGAAAAGCUCCUCCGAUAAGAAAUCCCUGGUGGUCACUUUUGUGUCCGCUGUCAUCAACGGGAAGCAGGUCGGCCAGGCGGUGCCAGGGCUGAGUUUGGAUCAUGCGGCCCGAGAGAGGAACCCCGGAGCACCCGAAGAUGCGAGUGCGUCACAAACGGGGGAUGUCGCCCUGAGGAUAAAGGUGGAGGGAAUGACCUGCCACUCCUGCACCAGUACCAUUGAAGGGAAGAUUGGGAAACUGCAAGGCGUCACUCGAAUCAAAGUCUCCCUGGACAAUCAGGAAGCGGUGGUUGUGUACCAGCCUCACAUCAUCACGGCCGAGGAAAUCAGAAACCAAAUCGAAGCGGCAGGCUUCCUGGCCUCCAUAAAGAAGCCGCCCAAACUCCUCAACCUCGGUGCUAUCGAUGUGGAGCGGCUGAAGAAUGUGCAGACCAAAAGCUCACCGAAAUCCCCGCCAGAGAGUCCGGAGGAUGGUUUCAAUCUACAGACCGCCAGGUUCCGUGUGGACGGCAUGCACUGUAAAUCAUGCGUCUUCAAUAUCCAGUCCAGCAUCUCGAUGCUCCCCGCAGUGGCCAGCAUUGAUGUUUCAUUAGAGGACAGAUCGGCCACCGUCAAGUACGAUCCUAGUCUCAUCAGUAUCACCACACUGGGAAGAGCCAUAGAAGCCGUGUCUCCAGAGACCUUCACGGUCAGCCUUUGUGACGGACAUGAAAAUGCCGAACUCUCGAAUGCUCCAAAGUCUCCAAGGGUCGCCAACAGCCCUGCACAUCACCCCUUGAUGCACGUCACUGUGAUGGAUGUGGAGGGCAUGACUUGUCACUCUUGCGUCCAGUCUAUUGAGGGAGUGAUAUCUCAAAAGCCAGGGGUGAACUCGGUCCAUGUGUCGCUUCAGAACCGUAAUGCAACCAUCGAAUACGACCCCAUGCAGACGUCCCCGGAUGACUUACGAAACGCCAUUGAGGACAUGGGUUUUGAUGCUUCCUUAACAGGGACACCAAGCCCGGAUCCUGUGGUCCUCAUAACUCAGCCUUCCCAGGAAAGGAUGGUAGAAUCCCAGAAUAAUAAACUCUCCAAAACAGAGACUCGCACCAAACCAUCUCCACUCCAUGACAAUCAGGAUGGAAACCCACCCUCGAAAUGCUACAUUCAAGUCACUGGUAUGACAUGCGCUUCAUGCGUGGCCAACAUCGAAAGGAACUUGAAGAGAGAAGAGGGGAUAUUCUCUGUCCUCGUGGCCUUGAUGGCUGGGAAGGCGGAGGUGAGGUACAAUCCCGCUGUCAUCCAGCCACCGAUUGUCGCCGAACUGAUUCGAGAACUAGGGUUCGGAGCCACCGUCCUGGAGAACUACGACCAAGGCGAUGGCGUCCUGGAGCUUGUGGUGAAAGGAAUGACGUGUGCCUCCUGCGUCCAUAAGAUCGAAUCCACGCUCAUGAAAACCAAAGGAGUUCUGUACAGUUCGGUUGCCCUUGCGACCAACAAGGCGCACAUUAAGUACGACCCCGAGAUUAUUGGCCCUCGCAGCAUCAUGCGGGUCGUAGAGGAUUUAGGGUUUAAAUCUGCGUUGGUGAAGAAAGACCGAAGUGCAAGCCACUUAGAUCACAAGCAGGAAAUAAGGCAGUGGAAACGCUCCUUCCUCGUCAGCCUGUUCUUCUGCAUCCCUGUGAUGGGGCUCAUGAUUUACAUGAUGGUCAUGGACAGCCACAUGUCCGCUAUGCACAACGCUGGGAACGUGACCCAAGGAGACAUGGAGGAGCACCACUCGGCCAUGUUCCUGGAGCAGCAGAUCCUACCUGGGCUGUCAGUCAUGAAUUUGCUCUCCUUCCUGCUGUGUGUCCCUGUCCAGAUCUUUGGGGGCUGGCACUUCUACAUCCAGGCCUACAAAGCGCUGAAGCACCGGACGGCCAACAUGGACGUGCUGAUUGUCCUGGCCACCACCAUUGCCUUCAUCUACUCCCUUGUCGUCGUCUUGGUGGCGAUGGCCGAGAGGGCCAAGGUCAACCCCGUGACCUUCUUUGACACCCCGCCGAUGCUCUUCGUCUUCAUAGCCCUGGGACGAUGGCUGGAGCACAUUGCCAAGGGGAAAACCUCUGAAGCCCUUGCAAAACUCAUUUCGCUGCAAGCCACGGAGGCAACCGUUGUGACGCUGGGACCAGACAAUAUCCUGCUGAGUGAAGAGCAAGUGGAUGUCGAACUGGUUCAGCGUGGCGACAUUAUCAAAGUGGUCCCGGGGGGCAAGUUUCCGGUGGAUGGCCGUGUCAUCGAAGGACAUUCGAUGGUGGACGAGUCGCUCAUCACAGGAGAAGCGAUGCCCGUCACCAAAAAACCCGGCAGCACCGUCAUUGCCGGUUCCAUCAACCAGAAUGGCUCCUUGCUGGUCUCUGCGACCCACGUUGGGGCCGACACCACUCUCUCCCAGAUUGUCAAACUGGUGGAAGAAGCACAAACCUCCAAGGCUCCAAUUCAGCAGUUUGCGGACAAGAUCAGUGGCUACUUCGUUCCUUUUAUCGUUGGCGUUUCGGUGCUUACCCUGUUUGCCUGGAUAGUGAUUGGGUUUGUCGACUUCGAAAUUGUGGAAACCUACUUCCCUGGUUACAAUAAGAGCAUUUCCAAAGCCGAGGUGGUCAUCCGCUUCGCUUUCCAGGCCUCCAUCACAGUGCUGUGCAUCGCCUGCCCUUGCUCCCUGGGACUCGCAACUCCAACUGCUGUGAUGGUGGGGACUGGCGUCGGAGCCCAAAACGGCAUCUUGAUCAAAGGCGGAGAACCGCUCGAGAUGGCGCACAAGGUGAAGAUUGUGGUGUUCGAUAAGACCGGGACCAUCACUCACGGCACGCCGGUGGUGAUGCAGCUGAAGAUGCUGGUUGAGAGCAACCGGAUGCCACGCAAUACAAUCCUGGCGCUGGUGGGGACGGCGGAGAGCAGCAGCGAGCACCCACUGGGCACGGCCAUCACCAAGUAUUGCAAACAGGAACUGGACACCGAGACCCUUGGAACCUGUACGGAUUUCCAAGUGGUCCCCGGCUGCGGCAUCCGCUGCAAGGUCACCAACAUCGAGUCCCUGAUCUACCGGAGGAGCGAGAGCCUUGAAGAGAACAACGUGAGGAACGCUGCCCUGGUCAACAUCGAUGACGGGGAGCCGAUGCGGCCCGCCUUGAUUAUCGAUGAACAGCUGCCAACCACAUGGAAUCCUCACAAGUACUCCGUUCUCAUUGGGAACCGGGAGUGGAUGUCUCGGAACGGCCUCCACGUCAAGAACGACGUGGACCACGCCAUGACCGAGCACGAGCGACGCGGGCGCACCGCUGUUCUUGUGGCCGUGGAUGGAGAACUCUGCGGCUUGGUAGCCAUUGCUGAUACGGUGAAACCCGAAGCGGAGCUGGCUGUCCGUACGUUGAAGGCGAUGGGCUUGGAAGUCAUCUUAAUGACUGGUGACAACAGCAAGACGGCAAGGUCAAUUGCUUCUCAGGUGGGCAUCUCCAAAGUGUUUGCCGAGGUGCUGCCUUCGCACAAAGUGGCCAAAGUGAAGCAGCUGCAGGACGAAGGGAAGCGGGUGGCCAUGGUGGGCGAUGGGAUCAACGACUCCCCGGCUCUCGCCAUGGCCAGCGUGGGCAUCGCCAUCGGCACGGGCACCGACGUGGCCAUUGAGGCGGCCGACGUGGUCUUGAUCAGGAACGAUUUGCUGGAUGUUGUGGCAAGUAUUGAUCUAUCGCGGAAGACUGUCAGAAGGAUACGGAUCAACUUUGUCUUUGCCCUCAUUUACAACCUGGUUGGCGUCCCAGUAGCUGCUGGCGUCUUCCUUCCCAUUGGUUUGGUGCUGCAGCCGUGGAUGGGCUCAGCGGCAAUGGCAGCUUCCUCCGUUUCCGUGGUCCUCUCUUCCCUGCUGCUCAGAUUGUAUCGGAAGCCCAACUCGGAGGAGUAUGAGCGCCGCGCCCGGGGCCAGUUGAGGCAGAAGAGCCCCUCGGAGGUCAGCGUCCACAUCGGGAUCGACGAGAGCGGGCCCGAGUCGCCCAAACUGAGCCUCAUGGACCGCAUCAUCAACUACAGCCGGAGCUCCAUCAACUCCUUCCUGUCGGACAAACGGUCGCGCAGCAGCAUCGUCCUCAGCGACCCGGACAAGCACUCGCUCCUCGUCGGGGAGGAAUACGACACGACGCUCUGAUGGAGAAAAGAUAAUUGUAUGUUGAACUCUGGACCUGGAAUCAAGUUUAAAAAUUCUUUGGGUUCCCAUUGCUAGUUUGAAUAGGACACAGGCGAUGACUUGGGUUCGAGAGAGGUGGGUCGUGCUUGCACUCUUUUGCCAGUAUUCGGAAGCCCGAAAAAGAGGGAGAACAACGCACUGGAAGCAGUUAUGCCACACUGUGCUUCAUGUGGGUCUGAGCACCACCUUGGCGACAUGAAAGAGCAACGCAUGGAUUCCAGGCCCUUCCUUUGCAAGCUGCGUGGCAUUUCUUGUCAUCUAGCAACCGUGAUGUUUUCCGUCUCCUUUUUUUAUUUGCCAAACAGACGUGCCUUAUCGCUUAACGUUCAGGAUUUCCCUUCUUCGUAAAUGGUAAAUUGCAAAAGCGGCAUUCUCCCGUCAGGAUUUAGUCUUUUCCAUGCCCUGGGAAAGAAAGGAACGGCGUCCUUUAUUUAUGCCCCUUUCCCAUUGUGCCAACUCACAAGUUACUACACUCCUCCGUUCUCCCUUCAUUCUCUAUGAAUUUUGGAAGCCACCACCCGCACUACUUUCGUGACUUAAAGCUGUGCCUCUUUGUAACUUCCGAUCACGUAAUUGUAACUCAGUGUGUUGUUGAAGACUUUCAUGGCCAGAAUCACUGCAUUGCUGUGAGUUUUCCAGGUUGUAUGGCCAUGUUCUAGUAAAAGCACUCUCUCCUGAGGUUUCGCCCACAUCUAUGGCAGGCAUCCUCAGAGGUUGUCAGGCCUAUUGGAAACUAGGCAAGCGGGGUUUCUAUAUUUGUGGAGUAAUGUCCAGGGUGGGAGAAAGAAGAACUCUUGUCUGUUGGAGGCUAUAAUAAUAAUAAUAAUAAUAAUAAUAAUAAUAAAAUUAAAAAAUUAUUCCCAAGUGUCUAGGACUGAAUAAUAAUAAAAAAAUAAUAAAUAAUAAAAAUAAUAAGUUGUGGAAAAGAAAAAGGUUUGGAUCAUUGAUGUCGCCAUCCCAGGUGACAGUCGCAUUGACGAAAAACAACAGGAAAAACUCAGCCGCUAUCAGGACCUCAAGACUGAAUUUGAAAGACUCUGGCAGAAACCAGUGCAGGUGGUCCCGGUGGUGAUUGGCACAUUGGGUGCCGUGCCAAAAGAUCUCAGCCGGCAUUUGGAAACAACAGACAUUGACAAAAUCACAAUCUGUGAUUUUGCAAAAGGCCACCCUACUGGGUUCUGCGCACAUCAUCCGAAAAUACAUCACACAGUCCUAGACACUUGGGAAGUGUUCGACUUGUGAUUUUGUGAUACGAAAUCCAGCAUAUGCAUCUCGUUUGCUGUGUCAUAAUAAAAUAAUAAUAAUAAUAAUAAUAAUAAUAAUAAUAAUAAUAAUAAUAAUAAUUUUGUGUUGUUGAAGGUGUUCAUGGCUGGAAUCACAGGGUUGUUGUAUGUCUUUCGGGCUGUGUGGCCAUGUUCCAGAAGUAUUCUCUCCUGACGUUUCACCCACAUCUAUGGCAGGAAAAAAAAAUAUAUCUUUGGAGAGUCCAGGGUGUGACAAGAGUCUUUUGUUAGUUGGAAGCUAGGAACUGAAACAUUAAUGCUAGCUUCCAACUGACAAAAGACUCUUGUCACACCCUGGACUCUCCACAGAUAUAUAUAUAUAUAUAUAUAUAUAUAUAUAUAUAUAUAUAUAUAUAUUCCUUUCCUUGCCUAGUUUAUCCAUGCCUCACUACCUCUGAGGAUGCCUGCCAUAGAUGUGGGCGAAACAUCAGAAGAGAAUGCUUCUGGAACAUGGCCAUACAACAACCCAAUAAUAAUUUUAUUUUUAUACCCCGCCCCAUCUCCCUGAAGGGACUCGGGGCGGCUUACAUGGGGCCAAGCCCAGACAUCAGACAAUAUAAAAACAUAGCAAUAAAACAAGUCAAUCGACAAUAAAACAAAUCAUAAAACAAAUGAGGCCACAUACAAUAAAUAUACUGAUAAAAUCCUGGGAUGGAUCCAAAAAUAUCUGGGCCAAAAGUGCAAAUAGUGUCAGUACCAUCAGGGAGAGGUAGAUACCAGAGCUAUGGUUGCAUUGAUUAGCAUUGAAUGGCUUUGUAGCUGCAAGGCCUGGCUGCUUCCUGCCUUUAUUGGGAGGUGUUAGCUGGCCCUGAUUAUUUCCUGUCUGGAAUUCCCCUGUUUUCUGACUGUUGUUCGUUAUUUACUGUCCUGAUUUUUUUAAAUACUGGGAGCCAGAUUGUGUUCAUUUUCAUGGUUUCCUCCUAUCAGCGGAAAUUGUCCACGUGCUUCUUGUAGAUUUCAGUGGCUUCUCUGUGUAGGCUGACAUCCAACCAAAGAUUCCCCCAGGCAGAAAGCAGCCAGGCUUUGCAGCUACAAAACCAUUCAAUGCUAAUCAAGGUGGUCAACUGCAACAUUCACACUUGCCUCAAACAAACAAGAGUUAUUUCUUUCUCCCAACCUGGAGAUUCCACAGAUACAUAAACCUCACUUGCCUAGUUUUUAACAGACCUCACAACCUCUGAGGAUGCCUGCCUUAGAUGUGGGCGAAAUGUCAGGAGAGAAUGCUUCCGGAACAUGGCCAGGCAGCCUGGAAAACUCCCAGCAGCCCAAAUGUGAUCAUAAUUAUGGGACACACGUGACGUGUCCCUCCUAAAUAGAGAAAUGUAAUGUGAUGGAUGUGUUAGGAAUUGUAUGGCUCACCGACAUUCGUCAAUUACUAAACGCAGGAAAUCCUUGUCCUCGAAUGUUCCCCCUUUUCUAGUUAGAUGCCAUUUUGCAGUCUUUUUGGAAUAACCUUGUGAAUAAUGUUUUGUACUCGGCUUUAAUCCAAGGAAACCAAAAAGGCUCUUCUGCCUCUAUACUUCUCCCUUUUCUUGGGCACUUUGUCCUCAUGAAUGUUAAGUUAUAAACCAGCUUUAAGACUCAACUGUAGGAAACGCUAUGCAGUGUGUUUAAUUCUAUUUAUUUUCCCCGCCUUUGCUGCUGUUACACAAUUUGUCAGACUUCCGCUUCAUGUUUUCCUUCCGUUCCCUCUCGGUUUCUUGUCGCAAACUCUUGAGCGCUUGGAUUCAGACAUCGAUUUCUGGAAGUCUGCCUUUUCUCCUUUUCUGAGUUUUGGGUGCAUUUGUUGUUUUAAAUAAUACAACAUUGUGACUUUGGUGUCUUUUUGCAGCCCCUUUCCUUCCUGUCACUUCGUCUCGGGAGGAAAGGCCGGCUCAGCAAAGCUCAGCCUUGUAUGAAGCAUAGAAUUGGAAAAGACUCCAAAGGCCAUCCAGUCCAACCCCCCAUCUAUAUAUAUAAAAGGGUAAAGAAAUUUCGGCCUAGGACAAAACAACAAAACUACACAUCCCAGAAACACUAAACUUGGCAGCACAACCCCUCAUCCAUGCCUCUACAUUCAUACAACAAAAAGAAAAGAAAAAGAAAGUCCUAAUUAGAGGGAGAGGAAUAAUUGUUUUUAUCCAAUUGCUGCCAGUUAGAAGGCUAAGCUCCACCCACUUGGUCUCCUAGCAACCCACUCAGCCCAGGGGACAGGCAGAGUUAGGCCUCACUUGGGCCUCUUCCCCACUGCCUAUAAAAUACAGAUUAUCUGAUUUUAACUGGAUUAUAUGGCAGUGUAGACUCAAGGCCCUUCCACACAGCUAUAUAACCCAUUUAUAUUGGACUUAAUGUAAGUUAAAACCUUUACCCUUUACCUUAACUACUACCAAUUCCUCAAUACUUUAUUUCCCAUACCACCAGACUUUGCCACAGCAACGCGUGGCCGGGCACAGCUAGUAGAUAUAUAAUUUUCUAGCUGUGGCGUUGUCUGGUGGUGUUGGUGAGAAAUUGUUGAGAUAGUGGUGGUAUUGAAUGUCUGUUGUAUGGUUGUCUUUAUGUUUAGUAUGCACACUGAAGUGGAUUAUAUGGCAGUGUGGACUCAAGAUAAUCCAGUUCAAAGCAGAUAAUAUAAGAUUCUAAAUGGGCUAUAUAGCUGUGUGGAAGGGCCUUGAGUCUACACUGCCAUAUAAUCCAGUUAAAAUCUGAUAAUCUGUGGAAGAGGCCUAAGUGAGGCCUAACUGUGCCUGUCCCCUGGGCUGAGUAGGUUGCUAGAAGACCAAGUGGGCAGAGCUUAGCCUUCAACGUGGCAGCAAUUGGAUAAAAACUAUUAUUCCUCUCCCUGUAAUUAGGACUUUAUUUUUCUUUUCUUUUUGUUGUAUCAACCUAGAGGCAUGGAUGAUGGGUUGUGUUGUCAAAUUUCGAGGUUGGGGGGCCUGUAGUUUUGUUGUUUUGUCCGCUGCCCUGAUGCCAUCACUCUUUUAUAUAUAUAGAUUUAUAUUCAGUUUUGUGUCUCUGGCCCCCAAAGCAAUUCAGUUUUUAUUUACAACUAGCUUGCGUCCCUGGCGUUGCCCAGGUUAUUUGAAAAAGUCAUUUUUUUAAUUGUACCAAAUGCAUAAGGUUGUGGGUGAACUACAACUCACAUCUUGGUAGGUUAACCCCAAGAAAUUCCAUCAGUCCUCAAAGUUUGUGAUGUUGGGCAAGUUUGCUCUGCAAUUUCCCCCAUUGACUUCCAGCAUUUUUUGCUGGAUUUUUGUUAUGCCAAGUUAAUUCCAGGUCCAUCAUUGGUGGAUUUCAGAAUGCUCUUAAAUUGCGGGUGAACUAUACAUCCCAGUCCCUACAACUCCUAUAAAUUAUGGUGAAUCCCCCCAAAUCUCUUUAGUAUGUUCAGUUGCUGAUCAAUUCCUUUGUUUGCUAUAGAAAAGAAUAGGAAAGGGUUAUGGAAGAGGCAGUGGGCGGGAUCAUGCAAAUUCCACACCGAUGGAGAGAGUAAGAAACACUGGGGUGUCCAUGGUGGAGGAAAAACAAUAUCUAGGAGGAAAUUAUCCCUUUCGCUUGGGUGGUGGACAGUAUGGUAUUUGUGGAAGACAUUGGCAGGACUCUUGGAUAUGUUUACGGCACUCGCUAUAACCAGCAAUGGCUCCCAUCAGCUUCAAUGAUCUGGAUUAAAUGCCAAGGAUGACAGUAGAUGAUAUGAUGAUAAUAAUAAUAAUCAUCUUAUGUGCAAAAAGGGCUCAGCUGAGAGUAGGGAUGCUCACUUUGUCCAAUUCUGCAGCCUGAAGAUGCAUGUGUUUUGCUUUCUUCCAAAUCGAGGAUGUUCCUUGCUACAACUACAGUAGAGUCUCACUUAUCCAACACUCGCUUAUCCAACGUUCUGGUUUAUCUAACGCAUUUUUGUAGUCAAUGUUUUCAAUCUAUCGUGAUAUUUUGGUGCUAAAUUCAUAAAUACAGUAAUUACUACAUAGCAUUACUGCGUAUUGAACUACUUUUUCUGCCAAAUGUGUUGUCUAACAUGAUGUUUUGUUGCUUCAUUUGUAAAAUCAUAACCUACUUUGAGGUUUAAUAGGCUUUUCCUUAAUGCCUCCUUAUUAUCCAACCUAUUCGCUUAUCCAACAUUCUGCCGGCCCGUUUAUGUUGGAUAAGUGAGACUCUACUGUAGUCUCUUCCAGAGCUCAUCACUUACUGAUAUCUCCCGUCAACUUCAAUAUUAUGUGGGUCUACACCCAAGGAGCCCCGGUGGCGAAGUGUGUUAAAGCGCUGAGCUGCUGAACUUGCAGACCGAAAGGUCCCAGGUUCGAAUCCCGGGAGCGGAGUGAGCGCCCACUGUUAGCCCCAGCUUCUGCCAACCUAGCAGUUCGAAAACAUGCAAAUGUGAGUAGAUCAAUAGGUACUGCUCCGGCAGGAAGGUAACGGCAUUCCAUGCAGUCAUGACCUGGAGGUGUCUAUGGACAACGCCGGCUCUUCAGCUUAGAAAUGGAGAUGAGCACCAACCCCCAGAGUCAGACACGACUGGACUUAACGUCAGAGGAAAGCUUUACCUUUUAUACCCAACAACUGGGUAAGGCCACAGUGUAUCCCGCAUCUGAGGCUAUAAUUUGCAAGUUUACAAUGCCGUAUGUCCUGAAGACCGUAGGCCAAAACAACAGAACUCCGGCAAAGAGUGUGUAGUUGUGAGACUUCUGGUUGUUUAUUUAUUUAUUUACAGUAUUUAUAUUCCGCCCUUCUUUCUCACCCCCAAAGCGGACUCAGAGCAGAUCACAAUACACAUGUAUACGGCAAACAUUCAAUGCCAUUAGACAUACGACAUAUAGAGACAGACACAGAGGCAAUUUUAACAUUUUCCAGCUUCAUGAGGGUAUGUUCGAUUCCAGCCACAGGGGGAGCUGCCUCUUCACCGUCCACUUGUGACACCUUGAUGGAGUACUUCCUUAUUCCUUUCCACACACUGCUAGAAGUUUUUAUGGUGUCAUAGAUUAGUCAAAUUAGCCUCCCCACAUAAAGCAGCACCUAUUUUUUUUCUAUUCAACAGAUGCAACUGUCUUUUGAGCUGCAUAGGCCAACAGCAAGUAACACCACCUGAGUUAUGUUUGGUUUUUUGGCGAAUUUUGACACACCAAGCUCAAAGGUUGUCCAUCACUGUCAUAGAAGGUUGUAACGGCGGUUAAACCUCUAGAUUCGGAGUCUUGUAGCUUUCGGUUUGCAACCAGGUUUUGUCCAUGAAAUACAUUAAUGUCAUACUGGGUCCAACCUUUGGCAAGAAGGAACAUUGGUGUCUUUUGGUGCAUUCUGAAUGUCCAUCCUCAGGCUAUAAAACUGCCUUCACUCGAAGGCAAAACGAGGCCUGUUUUCCUGUCUUGCAAUUGUUUGUUCACUCCAAAAAAAAACAAAAAUGCCAGCCCUGUUUUUGUUUUGUUUCCAGGAAACACUCUUGAUAUCUUUUUGGUAAAAAAAUAAAUAAACAACACUGUGCAAUA